AUGCCUGGAUGGUGGUUCCCUGUAGAAUCCACUUCGACGGACCAUAUGUUGUCUCAGCUUUCGAAGACGAUCAAGCUGGCAUUAAAAUCUACAGAGGAAAAAAGAGCCAUGCUUCGUGCUCGGUCAGCUGUUCAGCGUUUCCCAGUCGUCAAAUGGCGUCAGCGGAUGGAAGACAUGCACCGACGGAGUAUAAACGUGAGCCAAAAGCUAGCUGGAUCAAACACUUGGCAGGAGGUGGACUGCGGGACUGAGCCCUCUCAGCAUGCGGUUCCGGAGGCAGAAGAUUGGAACCCUGUCAAUCAAGGACUGCUUGUUCAACCUGACUUGGAUGCACAGAGCACCAUGUCAUCCCCAAGAUUAAUGCUUAGUUCUCCUGGAAGCCAGGUUUCAACGCCACAUGAUGAGAGCUUUCUGUCAGUACCACCUGGUCUCAACUUCAACCGCGACUCCUCCUACACAUUGGAUACUUCUGACAAGAGACACUCGUGGCAUAGUUUCGCGACUAGUAGUCGGUCCGGGUACAGUGACCUUUUGGAGAAAACGAACAGGACGACGUCCAUGUCUUUAUUGGCAUCAAGUUCUAUCAGAUGGCCGCACUGUGACACCUUGAACUUGAACACAUGCGUUGGAGAGUCACCAGCGUGA